CCCCCAAUUACAGGAAUCUGUAGUUUUUGGUUCAUGAUUUUCAAAACAAACUAAUAUUAUUUUCAUAGCACAGAAAUACGAACAAUUUCAUGGGAUUUAUCGACAAGGUUGGUAAACUGUGCCCCCUAACCAUGCUGAAACGCAAGCUGUCCAAAACUGCCCCUGACAAAUUCCUAAAACUCCCACGUGCCGCCCCGGAAGCCUCCAGCUCUGACGAUUUUGCCCAAAAGUUCUUAAACAUCCAACUAGAAUUGAACACAGCCCUGAAGCCCCUUCAAUUCAAGCCCCCAGUGGCGUAUGUGUACAACCCCGUGGAGUACGCCUUCAAAGCGAACGAAGCCUACGUGAGAAAGUACUGCCAGGGCCCCAAAAAGCUCCUCUUUUUGGGCAUGAACCCCGGCCCUUUCGGCAUGUGCCAGACGGGGGUGCCUUUCGGCGAAAUCAAGUCGGUCCGCGAUUGGCUAAAAAUCGAAGAGGAAGUCGGUAAGCCGGAGAAAGAGUGCCCCCAGCGUCCCGUCUUGGGCUUCGCCUGCACCCGCUCCGAAGUCAGCGGAGACCGACUUUGGAACGUCCUGAAAAAACUAUGUGGCACCCCUGAAAAGUUCUUCAGGAAUUGCUUCAUUUACAACUAUUGUCCUAUAGCCAUGUUGAAGAGCGAUGGGGGCAACUUGACCCCACGCGACAUCAAGGACACCCAAGUCUUGGAAGAAAUCUGCGACAGACACUACUUCCAAAUCAUCCAAUUGCUCCAACCUGAAAUCAUCAUCGGAAUCGGGGAAUACGCCGAAAAACGGUCUUUAGCCACCCUGAAAACCAACAACAGCGAUAUCAGAGUCAUCAGACUGCCCCACCCGAGUCCCCGCUCGAAAAACAACCAAAACUGGCCUGAAAAAGCCGAAACUUUCUUCAAAAACCACGACUUGCUGAAAUACAUGACUGAUGGAGCCCCAACUGACCAAAACUGA